AUGGGUCAGCAAGCGAAGAAGAGGAAGCACCAGGAAGUCUCAGCUGAAAACGGGCGUUACGGUUCGUAUGGCGCAGGCGAGGAAACCUCCUCAAGGUUCUCAGAUUGGUUCGAACUCUUUUCAAUCCUUCGGACUCGUGUCCGACGCAAAAGAUUCAAGCGCCAUAGUUCAUGGAACAAGGGAGAGGGAGAGAAAAGGACGCGAAUGUCUUCGACUUGUAGCGAAACACCUUCAAUCCUGAGGCCGAGACUUCUUGGUGGCGGUGAAGAAGAAAUGUUGUCUAGAUGUGGUAGGGCACCGGAACAUACGUCGGAUGAGGUGACAGAAUCCGCUGACCUCUGUCAAAAGUAUGCCUACAACUUCGACCAGGUUCCUGAUGGCUUCAAUUCGAAGACGACUUCAGAAACAACAACGGCUUCGGAAUUCCCUGAACCCGUUGUGUCACAGGAUUUGACCACAAACUGGGCGUUCAGCAUCGACGAGGUCAAUGCUGCCGCCGCUGUCCUUACCCUUGUCUCUGACAUUUGCAGACAUCGUGGAAGACUGUCUCUUGAAGACCAAGUCAUACUGCGUGAUGCCUUCAAAAAGAUGCCAUACCUCUUGACACCUAUAGGAAGGAAAAACGAACCCGAAGAGGCACUCAUGUUUCAGAUCGAGGUCUACGAGAACCCCGCAUCCGCAAGCUGGGGGCCUAUCGAAAGCUUCGACACUUUGCAAAAUUGGUUGGAAUUGCUUGGAAGAUUUGACAACUGUGCUGAGCUUCAACCAAGCCAGGGACCAGGAGGUAUGUUGAUAGUAUAA